AGACAUCCAUAGUACCCAAUGGGAGGGGAUGUAUGGCCGAAUGGCGACUCCUCAGGCCAAUGAAAGGACGAGGGAGCUAGGCGGAGGCUCGGCCCCCAGGGGGUUGAGGGGAGGGGGAAGGAGAAGCUUGAAAGACUUGGUAAUGGCGACGGGUUUGUCUGAACACCAUAACAUGGUGUGGGAAGUGAAGACAAAUCAAAUGUCUAAUGCAGUACAGAAACUCCUGCUGGUAAUGGACAAGAGAGCUUCAGGAAUGAAUGACUCCUUGGAGUUGCUGCAGUGUAAUGAGAAUUUGCCAUCUUCACCUGGAUAUGCUUCCUGUGAUGAACACAUGGAGCUUGAUGACCUUCCUGAACUUCAAGCUGUUCAGAAUGAUUCUACCCAAUCUUCCAUAUACCAACUUAGUGCAGACGUUUCACAUCAAGAAUAUACAAGGCCACCGUGGAGCCAGAAUACCUCAGACAUGUCAGAAAAUGCAUAUUGUGAAAAUGAGGUGGAUUGGCUGACAGAAUUGGCAAACAUAGCCACAAGUCCACAAAGUCCUCUUAUGCAGUGCUCAUUUUAUAACAGAUCAUCUCCUGUACACAUCAUAGCAACUAGCAAAAGUUUACAUUCCUAUGCACGUCCUCCACCAGUGUCUUCCUCCAAGGGUGAGCCUGCUUUCUCUAAUCAUCAUUGGAAGGAUGAAGCAUCAGUAAGACAUGAAAGGGCAAGUAGUGAAUCAGAGUCUGGAAUUUUCUGUAUGUCCUCACUCUCAGAUGAUGAUGAUCUGGGAUGGUGCAAUUCUUGGCCUUCCACCGUGUGGCAUUGUUUUUUGAAAGGCACACGUCUGUGUUUUCAUAAGGGACGCAAUAAAGAAUGGCAGGAUGUUGAAGAUUUUGCUAGAUCUGAGAGUUGUGAGAGUGAAGAUCUCCCUGUGGGUACUCAAAAGAGUUAUGGUUCUGAUGGUCUAAAGUUGUUAUCCCACGAAGAAAGCAUUUCAUUUGGAGAGUCUGUACUGAAGUUGACUUUUGAUCCUGGUACAGUAGAAGAUGGUUUACUGACUGUUGAGUGUAAACUGGACCACCCUUUCUAUGUUAAAAAUAAAGGUUGGUCAUCAUUUUAUCCAAGCCUGACUGUGGUUCAGCAUGGCAUUCCAUGCUGUGAAGUUCAUAUUGGCGAUGUAUGUCUACCUCCUGGACACCCCGAUGCCAUUAAUUUUGAUGAUUCAGGUGUUUUUGAUACAUUUAAAAGUUAUGACUUCACACCUAUGGAUUCUUCUGCUGUUUAUGUGUUAAGUAGCAUGGCUCGUCAGCGUCGUGCGUCUUUAUCUUGUGGAGGACCUGGUAGUCAGGACUUUGAAAGAUCAGAAUGCAGCAAAAACUGUGUCUCUGCUGGAUCAUCACAGCUUUCUUCCAAUUCUUUGUAUAGUAAAGCUGUCAAAAGCCACAGCUCAGGGACUACAAGCACUGUGAGUGCCACUUCUCCUAACAAGUGCAAAAGACCAAUGAAUGCCUUUAUGCUUUUCGCCAAAAAGUACAGAGUUGAAUAUACUCAGAUGUAUCCAGGGAAAGAUAACAGAGCCAUAAGUGUGAUACUUGGUGACAGGUGGAAGAAAAUGAAAAAUGAAGAAAGGAGAAUGUACACCCUAGAAGCCAAGGCUUUGGCUGAAGAACAAAAACGUUUAAAUCCUGACUGUUGGAAACGGAAAAGAACCAAUUCAGGCUCUCAACAACAUUAAACCAAGAUGUUUUAUUGUUCUUAAUCUAUAUUUGCAAACUGUUGACACUUGAUGGGGAAAAAAAAAAGACUUAAGAAGAUCAAGGCCUCACCAUUUUUCGUGAAUUUGUGUGACCAUAAAAAUACUGAUAGCAUUGAGUCCUGAAAUAAGAGUGAGGAUUUGCUUUCAACAAUAGAGCAUUAAGUAAGCUAAAACUAUCAACAUUGUAAACCAAAUUGCCUUAUUUUCUUCCAAACUUCAUAUAUGUCUAUCAGGUAAUAUAGGCUUGAAAAUUGAUAUCCUGUGGUGCUAAAGUACAGUAGAAAGAGAAAUGUAUAAAUGUUUUAUUUUAAAAUGUACAAAGGGGGAAUUUUAAAAUAUGUAACUGCUGUUUAUACAUUGGACCCUUAUUGCUUAUUAAUAUGUAUUGCACAAACUAUGUAAUUAAACUGAAGCCAGGAGUUGGGAUUUCCUUGAACAGCAAACACGUGGCCCUAACACCAGUGCCAAACACAGAAGUUCCCAGUCUGGCCAGUGCCAAGAGGCGACCAGGACAUGUGGCAGGUGGAUGGUCUAGUAGAACAUGGAAACCACCUGGUGCAGUGCAUGCUCUAAGCCUGUUUUCUGUCUUGUGUGACAUUUUGCACCAGGUGGCAGGACUGUCAGCCCUCAUUUCCGAUGGAGAAACUAGCCCAGGCCAAGGUAAAGUUAGUUAAUAGCACUGGUAUAUACACCAUGAGGUGCUAUUAACACAUUGUCACCAUUAUAUUUUUAAACUCUGUUCUAUCUCCUCAACCAUAUAUCUUAAGUAUCUUAUUUUUGUCAACAGAUAUCUCAUGGUGGGGGCAGAUUUUGCACUUAUGGGCAGUGCAACACUUGCACUUUACUUUUUCCUCCAACUGUUUAAAAUUAGAGCAAAUCCAUUGGCGAUACAGCUGCUUUUGCUCUGAGCUACAAUCAUGGCUUUUCAUGUUACUUAACAAGUGGUGUUUCUGGUUAGGAAUCACAGCUGUUAAAUUGAUUUGAGUUCAUUACACGUCUUCAUGAUGUUGCCCCUAAAUUUUGCACACUAUAUUCUUGUAUAUUAUUUCAAAUAAAACUUUAAAAAACA